AUGGUGGCCUCAUGUAGUAACAACCAACAGGCUAGCAGAAAAACCAAAAAGAAGGAAGGUGGUGCCAAACGUGCUCAGAGAGCGUCUUCUAAUGUCUUCUCCAACUUUGAGCAGACACAGAUCCAAGAAUUUAAGGAAGCUUUCACAUUAAUUGAUCAGAACAGAGAUGGAUUUAUAGAUAAAGAAGACUUGAAAGACAUCUAUGCUUCUUUGGGUAAAACAAAUGUAAAAGAUGAGGAGCUAGAAUCCAUGCUCAAGGAAGCCACUGGACCCAUUAAUUUCACAAUGUUUUUGAAUCUCUUUGGAGCAAAGUUACUUGGUAUGGAUGGGGAAGAGACCAUACUAAAUGCAUUCAGAAUGUUUGAUCCAGAUGGUAAAGGACACAUUCACAAAGACUACUUAAAACGCAUGAUGAUGACACAGGCUGACAAAUUCACUGCUGAAGAGAUAGACCAGAUGUUCAAGAGUUCCCCUAUUGAUGCAGCAGGAAACUUGGAUUAUAAGUCUUUCUGCUACACUAUCACACAUGGAGAGGAAAAGGAAGAAUAA